AUGCUUUUAUUGACUUUGUCUAUGCAGGUCUACAAUCGUAUAGGAGAAUAUGAACCGCUGGAUCAAAUCGAAGCAACUCGACAAAUUACUGAAAAAUAUAACUUUAUAGAUUCCAGCAAGAUUGCAAUGUGGGGAAGAUCUUACGGAGGAUAUAUAACCGCAAGAACAAUGUCAGAAGACGAAAAUCUCCUAUUUAAAUGUGGAUUAUCAUCUGCUCCUGUAACUGACUGGAUGACAUAUCAUAGCAUUUACAUUGAACGAUAUAUGGGUUUGCCAAGGGAAAAUGAAAUUGGAUACAAUAAAUCGACAGUGUUUCAGAAACUUCACAACAUCGGAAAACAUUAUUUUGUCUUGAUUCAUGGGACAGCCGACGACAACGUUCACUUUUUGCAUUCUGCGAGACUUUCAAAGGCACUAAUUCACGAAGACAUCGAUUUUUCUGCUUAUUUUGCUGGCGACCAAACUCACCGUUUCGACAGAGGUGCAAAUGCUUACGGUCAUCACUACAAGUUGUUAACACGCCAUUUGAAAAUUUGUUUUGAAUUAUAG